AUGUUGUGUACAUCUGCCAUUGACACAGAUUAUGACCCAUGCCACAACUACAACAUUCUUGAUGAAUACUGGAGAAGCACACUCAAUUACUGGUAUCAAUAUGGAUAUAUGUCUGGAAAUGAUGACACUCUAGUUGAAUGGCAUGGCUGGUAUCGACUCUUCAUUGAUGGAUCGAGUGCUCAGAUGCCCGAGUGGUGUUUCAGUUACAUGUUAUGUGGAGGUUAUAGUUCUCUGUGGCUUGGUGGCCCUCAUCCUGAGAUAGAAGAUGGAGUCGUUACUCGUGAAGUCUACGGCUCUGUUAAUGACCAGUGCAGUUACUACAUAUCUGACCCCAUCCAAGUCAAAGCUUGUCCUGGAAAUUACUACGUCUACAAGCUUGAAAGUCCAAAGCCAUCGAUCCCAGUGCCUGUAUAUUGUGCAGUUCCAUUCAGCACUCCAAAUACUGAUCCCUGCUAUGACUACACCAGUCUGGAUGACCCUUGGCGAGCCACUGACAAUUAUUACAACAAUUACAUGUGUGAUUAUAAUGUCAACUGGAACGGCUGGUACAGGCUCUUCUACUAUGGUCAGAGUGUCCAGAUGCCAGAUUCAUGUGUUGGUUCUGGCAUGUGUGGCACAGACAAACCACUUUGGCUCAACGGCCCUCACCCAAAGCUAGAAGAUGGAGUGGUCACUCGGCAAGUGUGCGUUUCCACAUGGAAUGACUGCUGUGAUUACAAAUCUCAUCCCAUAAGAGUCAAAGCUUGUCCUGGAGACUAUUAUGUGUAUGAGUUUGUCAGGCCACUAUUGUGUUCAUCUUACUGUGCAGAUGUCUCAAGCCUCAGCAGCCCAACAUCUACAACAUCACCUACAACAACAGUGGCAGUCAUACCCCCAGAAUCCAUUACUCCGCCUGUCACAGACACAGGUAUUGAACUUAUGGCUAGAGAAUGUUGUGUUGAUUUCACACCACAAGAGUAA